AUGAAGCAGCUGUGCCUCUGUGCCGCCUCCUCCUUCGCGCUCAGGCUCAACCCCACUGACCUGGGCUCCUGCCUUCCCUGUGGCCCAUGCCCUAUCCUGAAACCCACAACAAGAGGCAGGCGCCAGGGACAAGGCUGGGAAAAGAGUGACCAGUGCCUGCUCGAGGCCCUGGAGAACAACGAUGUGGCCAGAGUGGCCUCCCUGAUCACUCACAAAGGGCUAGCGCCCACAAAACUCGACCCCAAAGCCAAGUUUCACUUAGCGGGAAUGAGGGGUGCGGCAGGCUGUCUGGAGGUGAUGCUGGAUCAAGGUUCAGACAUCAUGAGCACAGAUGGAGCAGGUUACAAUGCCCUUCACCUGGCAGCCAAAUAUGGGCAUCCUGAGUGCCUGAAGCAACUCUUGGAGGCUUCCUGGGUGGUGGACAUUGAGGACAGCAGUGGGUGGACAGCCCUUCACCAUGCAGUGGCUGGUGGUUGUCUGCUCUGCUCUUUCAAGGCACAUUGGAACCCCCUGGGCCAGUCGGAGGCCACGCCCCUCAUGACAGCAGCUCAGAUGUGUCAAACCACCUCCCAGAAUGGACCCAGUGUCCCGGAGCUCGAUGGCUCCAGAAACCACAGCCAAUGGCACCGGACCCCAAGCCUGAGGCUCCAUGGGCGUCAGGAACACAGAAGCCAGUGGCUCAGAAGUGGCACCCAUGGUUCAGAGGCCACAGGGAGAGAUGGAGUGGCAGCAGAGGUCGUGGGCACUAGAACCACCAUGGCUCAGACCCUAGAGGUGAAUGCUGAAAGUGAGCUGGUGGCGGCGGAAGUCACAGGAGUGGAGGAGAAUCCCAGAAUGAAGGCUAAGGGAGAGCAUGUGGUGCAGGAUGGGCUCACAUGGACAGGGAUUAUAAACAUGGAGGCCACGGUAGUGAAGGCCACAGAAUUGCGGGAUACCGGAGUUCAGGCCACAGGCACAGAGGCUGUGGAAGUGAAGACCAUGGGAGUGCAGGCCACAGUGGCAGAGGUCAUAGGAGUGAAGGUGACAGGAGAGCAGGCCACCAAGGCAGAGGCCAAUGGAGCUGAGGCUAUCUCCGGCUCAACCCCACCGACCUCGGCUCCUGCCCGCCCUGUGGCCCAUGCCCUAUCCCGAAACCCGCAGCAAGAGGCAGGCACCAGGCAAGUGCUCAGGAGUGGGUGGAGCCAAGACUGGGGCAAGAGUGACCAGCGCCUGCUCUUGGCCAUGGAGAAUAACAAUGUGGCCAGAGUGGCCUCGCCUAUUGCUCACAAAGGGCUGGUGCCCACAAAACACGACCAUGAGGCCAAGUCUGCGUUCCACUUUGCGGCCAUGAGGGGUGUGGCCGGCUGUCUGGAGGUGAUGCUGGCUCAAGGCUCAGAUGUCAUGAGCACAGAUGGAGCAGGCCAGCCUUGGCUAUGCGAGAAUUUGUUGGCCAAGGAACUAGUGGCAUCUCUUCAAGAGCAUGUGGCUCAACUCACCAGGCAGAACCAGGAGCUGCUGGAGAAGGUCCAGAUCCUUGAGGAGUUUGAGAAGGAUGAGGUGCAGAUAGCGGAAGACAGUCAGCUUGAGGUAGUCCCUCUGGUCUUGUAGGACUCCCUGAGGGCAGAGCUUGAGCAGCUCCGGAGGCAGCAUGAAGAGGCCAUACAUGCUCUGCAGCAGCAGCAGCAGCAGCAGCAGCAGCGGGAGGUGACCAGGGGCCACGGGGCAGAAGAUACAGCACACAAGGAGAGCAUGGACAAGGGCACCACCUCCCAGAAUGGACCCAGUGUCCUGGAGCUCAAUGGCACCACAUAUCCAGAAACCACAGCCAAUGGCACUGGACCCCAAGCUGGAGGCUCCAUGGGAGUAGGGAACACAGAAGCCAGUGCCUCAGAAGUGGCACCCAUAGAGCCUGAGGCUGCAGGUUUAGAGGCCACAGGGAGAGAUGGAGUGGCAGUGGAGGUCGUGGACACUAGAACCACCAUGGCUCAGGCCCUAGAGGUGAAUGCUGGAAGUGAGCUGGUGGCGGCAGAAGUCACAGGAGUGGAGGAGAAUCCAGGUUUGAAGGCUAAUGGAGAGCAUGUGGAGCAGGAUGGGCUCACAGGGACAGGGGUUAUAAACAUGGAAGCCACAGAAUUGUGGGAUGCCGGAGUUCAGGCCACAGGAGCAGAGGCUGUGGCAGUGAAGACCACAGGAGUGCAGGCCACAGUGGCAACAGACGUCAUAGGAGUGAAGGUGACAGGAGAGCAGGCCACCGUGACAGAGGACAUAGGAGUAGAAGCCACCAGGGCUCAGGCCACCGUGACAGAGGCCAAUGGAGCUGAGGCUAGGGGAGCUCAUGCCACCACCCUGGAGACCACGGGGGCACAAGCCUUGGCCACAGACACCAUGGGAGUGCAGGCCACCUUGACAGAGGCCAAUGGAGCUGAGGCCAUGGGACUCAAGGCCACGGAAGCGGAGGCCACAGGCACAGAGUUCCCCUGCACUGCGGCCCUGAACCCAGGGGCGGCAGCGGCGCUGCAGGCCGAGGUGGAGACCCGGAUCGGCCUGGAGGAGGCGCUGUGCCAGCGGGAUCUGGAGGUGGAGGCAGAGGAGACGGUGGGGCAGAGCCAAGAGCUGGAGGCACUGUGGGAGCUGAGGGCCAUGGCCACAGCAGAGCUGUCAGCAUGUGAGGCUCUAGCCGCCAACCUCAGCUCCACCCUUGACACUGUGGAGGAGCUAGAGCGCAUGCACAGGGCCUCAGUGCGGGAAGAGCAGGAACAGGCCCUGGGAAUGCUCCUCGACCAUGUGACCGGACUGCAGGUGCAGCUCGCCAAGCAGGCAAAUAAGCAUGAGAGCACAAGAGCCAAGGUCUUCGAGGUGACCGCCCGUGUCAGGACGCCCUUAGGGUGUAUUUCUUGUGGGUGUGGGCGUCUCUGCACAUGUGCAGUACCCACGAGGCCAGAAGGGGGUCCGAUCUGUGGGAACUUUGGACCUGAGUCGCAAUAUGGGUGCUGGGAACCGAGCCUUGGUCUUGUGCAAGAGCAGUUGGUGCUCUAA